AUGUCGCACAAGAAUAAAGUGGUUUUAGUGACCGGUGGCAGUUCAGGAAUAGGUGCCGCUAUUGCGGUAAAAUUCACUGAAGAAGGUGCGAAGGUCGCCAUAGUUGGAAGAAAUGAGACCAAACUCGAUAGUGUCGCGAAAACAUGCGAACGGAAUGGACAUAAACCACUGAUUAUAAGAGCAGAUGUGUCCAAUGACGAUGAUGUGAAAAGGAUAGUCAGCACAACGAUACAGCAUUUCGAGAAAUUAGAUGUACUAGUGAACAAUGCUGGAUUUUCAAAAGUAACUAAUAUCCUCGACAAAGACAUUAUGGCAAAAUACGACGAAAUCAUGGGAACGAAUCUACGUGGUGUUGUGUAUUUAACUCAUCUCGCUGCACCGUACCUCAUAGAAAGUCAAGGAAAUAUUAUCAAUAUAUCAAGCAUAACCAGUACAAUUACAAGUUUCGUUGGCACUUUCGUCUAUUCAACAUCGAAAGCAGGAUUGGACCAUUUCACGCGUUGCAUUGCGUUAGAACUUGCACCUAAAGGAGUUCGAGUUAACGCUAUAAACCCAGGGUUUGUAAGAACGGAUAUUUUGGAGAACAUGGGUAUUAGCUCCGCAGAAUCGGACAAAAUUUUCGAAAUGCAGAAGUAUUCAACUCCACUAGGUAAAAUAAUUGAGCCUGAGGAGAUUGCUGAUUUAGCUGCCUAUCUGGCUAGUGACAGUGCAAAAAGCAUUACUGGCGCGACACAUAUAAUUGAUAAUGGAACUCUUUUAUCAAGAGUUUUGGUCGCUAAGUAGAAUGCGAUACUUCUAACAUCGUAACUGUUGAUUUUUUUUAUAUAUAUCAUCAAGUGACGGGGCGAACAAGUCGUGCGCCUGAUGGUAAGCAACCCGCCUGUCCAUAACAGUUACAGUGCGACUCAGAACUUUAAAUUGCAAACUUCUGAGGGGCACUAUUACAGCGCCCGUCACCCUGACACAUAAGUUGACAAGUUCCAUGUGCCUGUAAUUUCACCAGCACCCUUCAAAACCAGAUGCCGUACACGUAUUUGUGUCAUCUUAAAAACUGGCAUAUGCAAAGAGGUCAGGUGCGAAUUUUGGUGCAAAUGGGUGCAGCAGUUUGUAAAAUUUUCAUCUAUUAUCAGCAUGUGUUGCAUAAGCACGUUUGUGCGCUACAUCCGAAUCGUAUUCAUCCCAAAUCCGAGACUAUACAAAUCUAGAAAAUUCGGACCCACUUCGGAAGUCGCUUGUGGACUAAAUCCGAUUCAUAUCCGAGAAAAUCACGAAUGUCACAAGUACACCUAGAGAUAAAAUGACUGUGAAUGUAUGAAUCUUCCGAUACCUGUGACAUUUUGGACCGUUAUUUCUCGGAUUCGAAACUCAUACGAAUCGGACGUUGUGUGCAAACGCUCUAAGAAUGGUGUAAGAAAUUAUAGACAGGUAACUCCGUUUUCCUCCCCAUGCUAUCGUCCGGACAUAAAUAAAAUUGGGACUGAAUAUCAAAAUGUUCGAUCUAUUCGAUCAGAAUCCCCGUCGAUUUGUAUAUUUACAGUGUUUUA